CCUUCGCUGAACUGAGGCGAAAAAUCGCGCGCACUGCUGCUGCGCGGCGCAGCAGAGCUAGAGUUAGCGAGGACGACCCACGCCGUCCUAAGCAGUUUUCGUGCAUCCAACAUGGCUGGACGAGGUGGUUACGAUGAUUUAAGAGAUUACGGGGCAAGAGGAGGUGCCAAACCUUUACCAACUGAGCCACCAUAUACUGCUUAUGUAGGAAAUUUACCUAAUGGUAUUGUCCAAGGAGACAUAGACAAAAUUUUCAGCAAUUCACGUGUGAAAAAUAUUCGUUUAGUCAAGGAUAAAGAAACUGAUAGGUUCAAAGGAUUUUGCUAUGUAGAGUUUGAAGAAUUAAAAGAUCUCAAGGAAGCAAUCAAGUUAAAUGGCAUAGUUGACGUUGAAGGUAACAUAAUCAAAAUUGAUGUUGCUGAAGGCAAGAAGAACGACAGAGGAGGUGGCUUUGACAGAAGAGGUCGAGGCGGGGGCGGUGGAGGUCUUGGCGGUGGUUUCCGAGGGAGAGACGGUGGUGGCCCCCCACGGGCAGGUGGAUACGGCGAUGACUUCGGUAGCGCAUAUCUGUUUCAGAGAGGUUAUAAUGACAGAGGAAUGGGCGGUCCUGGUGGUCGACAGGGUGGUUUCGGUGGCGAUAGCCGGGGUAAUCGUGGUAAUUACGGCAACUUUGGUGGCGGCGAUGAAUCCGGUGGUGGUAGCCGAGAAUGGAAUUACCGUAGCGGCGGUGGUAGUGGACCCGGUGGUCCAGGUGGUGGACCAAGAUAUGGUGGUGGCCGACCUCCGCGAAGCGGUGGUGGUCCACCUGACAGAAAAUACGACGACCUCUAUAAAGAACCACCUCCAGACACCACUGGUAGGAAACCACUGGUACUGGCACGUCGAACUGUGGCCGAACCAGUGAACUCGUUGGCCGAUACACCGGCACGAAGUGCCAUUUUUGGCGGAGCUAAGCCUCGAGAGGAAAACCUUGUCGGCAAGGAAGAUCCUGCCAAGAAGAUAGACAGACUCUAACGUGAGGAACCCCUCAACUUCCGAAUAAACGUCAGCGGGCGGAGACCCUACUACAUGGAUCUAUGAUGUCUUUUUUCGUUUUAUUUUUUCUUCAUUUUUUUCUAAUUAUGUUCAGUUUUCAACUUUGUAUCAACAUGUGGAUAAAAAGAACAUGGAGAAUGAGAGAAGUCGCUAGCGCAGGGGAGUCUUCCUAGGCAAACUAAUUUACGAAGAUGGAUCUUGAAGUGUAAAAAUCAAGAAGUCAAUUUUUUUUCUCGGUCAUAUCGCUGCAAAUUGUAUACGUUGCUUGAACAUAUUCAUAUUAAUUUUUAGUUUAGAAAUGCGUUUUUUAAAUGUUUUUUUUUUUUUAUUCACGUAAUGUCCACACACAAAGUUUUGUGUAUUUAUAUGAAACUAUUGAAGUUUGAGAAUGAAGCGUUUUUCAAUUGAAUUAUAGUUUUUCGUGUUAAUUUUGCGGAGUAUGGCAAUAUGUAUACAAAAAAUUCAAUUUGAUGUUUUCAACAAAGAGUUAUUUUUGAUUGUACAUACGCUAUUUGAAAAAAAAAAAAAAGAAAAGUGAAUGUCCCGUAAAAAUGAGUAAUUUUAUUGUAAUUCUAAAGUUCUUUAAAAAUAAUUUUGUUACACAUGUGCUUCAUUUAAAAGAAAACAAAUGAAAGAAUCGAAUCAACGCUGCUUCUUGAUAUGAUGAAAAUAAAACUAAAGAAAAAAAAAGAUACAUUUUUAUUUAGUUGCAGUUGCAUAUUGUAUCUUUCUUCAUAAGCCACUUAAAAAGAAAAAUAGAUUUCUUAUAACAUUACUGUAAGUCUGUCUCUUACAAUCACGCACCGUGUAGAUCUCCACGCUUAGCGUCGGCUGUUCGAAUUAAGAAGUUUUUAAUUGCGUUCUGUUGCUAAAGCUAUGAAGUAGCUGAGAAUUAGUAACAGAACAUUCCUAGAAUUGAAUCCUUUAUGGAUAAAAUAGUGAUAAUUACAUCGUCUAAUGCAUCAUUUGAUUAAGAAAUGUCUGAAUCAUGUGAAUAAUCACGAUUAUUGAACGAAGAAUUUGUAAAACGAUCAUGAAUAUACUUGAUGUUCAUGUAGACUUGUGUCUAAACAAUUCGUGUUUCAAUAUGUAAGCAUGGAGUUUACCUUUAACAUAAGAAUUAAAUAGAGUGGAAACGUACGGACAGUUAGUAAUAAUAUUAAUUAAAAAAUUGUCAUGAAAACAAAAAAAACGAUCAAUCAAUAUUCUUCGUGCUCUGUCAAACUACAACUUCAAAAUGAAGAUCAUUGAAAUACCGUAGCGGCGUGAAACUUUUUAAUGUUACUAAAGAGAGUUUAUUUGUUUGUCUUUUUUUUAUGUUCCUUUUUAUUAUAACAUUUCAAGAAAUCUAUGUUCUUUCAAUUUAGAUACAAAUAACAAAGUGCACAAGCCGAUGCUGAGCAAAUGCAAUUACAUCCAAAGAACUUACGUGACCUUAUUCACGUUCGAUCUUUCAUUAAAUCACAAGAGUGUGACGUGUUAAAAAAUUUAAGUGAUUUUCUAUAGAGAAUAUAAUUACAAAGUGUCAUUUGUGCGGUAAUAUCGCGCGAGGAUGAAUAAAUUUUUACCUUAAGCUAAUGUGCUACGAUAAAGUUUAGAGAGAAAAAAUAUCGAUUGACUGAUAAAAUGUUGAAGAUGAGAAUGACGACUUGAAAAUAAUAUAAUAAAAUAACAGUGAUGAUUAUAAAAAGAGAAAAAUUGAUUUUGUACGGAACUAUGCUUGGAUAUUGAGUACGAAAUACAUCCAAAUACAAGUAGUAGAUAUUUGCCUGAUAUCCGUGUAAUGUGUCGUCAGUAAAACAGAGGAAACAAAGUAUAAAUUAAACAGAAAGCUAGAAAACGACGUUUUGUGUAAUUCAAAUUGUGAAUAUUACCGCUAUAAUAAUAUUAUCAUUAAUGUAUUUUGUAAGCUACCCUUUAAUAUAUACUGAUUUAAUCACUCUUA